AUGUUUUCCAAGGAGGAGCUGGAAACUUUAUUAGAGACAUGGGAGCGACCAGAUUGUCCUUUCCAGUCUUUGCGUGAACUUGUGGACCUGAUGCCUGAAGCUAUAUACAAAGGGAGUGUGCUAAUAGACCCAGUUACGAAGGGGAGAAUGCAAGUCUACCUGCCAACUGUUGCUCCGUGGCAUGCAGCCAGUGUAUUCACUUCGGUGUGGCACAAGUACAAAAACAAAGUCGAUGCCAUUGAGAGCAGCAACGUGCAGACCAUGAAACAAGCCAGCUCGUACUUCACUGAGGUCGUGGCGGCUUUUGCUGCCAUGUUUGCGAUUGUGAAGAAGUACAAGAAGCUGCCACCACUUCUCACACAGGGUACAGCACGCAGUAUUUGCGACAUCGGCCUUGAUGAUUCACUCUUGCAGGAUGAAGAACUUGCCAUGAAUGGCAGGGAGGAUGCGGAUGAGAAGUUGUCGUUUUUGGGGAAAGCCGUGGAAUUGAGCAAACAGAAGGGCAAGGAGCAACCCUUCUUAGUGAUCAUGGCUCCGCCCAACUGCAAGGCAGUUGAUUUUGUAAUCUUCUGCCAAGAUCAGAACAGCUUUGUGGCUGUUCAGGUGAAAUCCAAUACACUGACUGAGGCCAAAGCCCAGAAUGAACAAAAGGCAGCCUUGCUACAAGCAGCGAAGGACAUCCGCUUUGCUAGUGACUCCUUGCUUGUGGCCUGCCUUGCUUUGGUCGGCUCCAACUACACAGAGACAGAGGACUUGAAGGCUGACACGGACUUCUUUCGCUUGCAGCAAGAGGAUCUCGUUGCCCUCAUCCCGCCCUUCCUGCGACAACUCUCGGGUCUCGCUGCGGUGCAAAGCGUCGAAGGUGAUGUGUCGAAAAAGACGGAAAAAGGAUCCAGGUUCAAGGCAGAUCCGAAACGGCCAUGA